AUGAAACUGCACAACUCAAUUCUUAUGAUACGAUAUGUUUUAAUUAUAACCUAUUUUAUUAACAUUCAUGGUAAGGAUGAUUCAUGUAAUGGCAAUCUAAUAUUAAAAUUAUUGCAUGAACAAGACAUUCGUGAUUCAUUGAAUAAUUUACCAUCAUACUAUAAAAACGAAAAUAUUCAAUCUAAUGUUAUCGAUACUUUCGAAGCUUCAGGUGUUGUACUUCGAUCAGAUUCUCUUAUGAUGUAUAUCAUAUUUGAUAAUACGUUUCAAAUCGAUGCCUUUUGCAAUUUGCUGGCUAUUCAAACUAUGAAUUGUACUAAUAAAUUACUCGAUUGGCCUGAUAAUACAUUUAAUAAACUCGAUUCAGAAUUCGAAGGUAUAGCCUAUAAUCCAUUAAAUGACACAUAUUUUAUAGCACAAUAA